UGCCGGGCCAUUAUCUCGCAGUUUGGCGCCAAAAAAACAUAACCGCCGAAUCGCCGUUAUCGGUCGCCCGCAACAGCAAGCUUAACCUAAUCGGCUAGACGUAGCGCAGCUACAUUUUCUCGUCAACCACCCGUGUGGAGUUUUAGCCGUCGCUCGUCGGUAUAAACUUUGAAUUCUCAAGUGUUUUUUUCAUUUUUCGAAUUUUCGUCGGUGUCUUCGAGUUUUAUCGUCACACAGCUUUGCAUAUCCACCGGAGCUGUACAUUUUCUUUUUGUGUCCAACGCUAUAGAUUAUAUCGAACGGCCAGACCAAAAGCACAUGUUCUUGAUCGGAGACCAUCAGAAUCAAAAUCACGUCGAGACGGACCAACCAUAACUUUAUAAUAUAAGUGUGUUGGGUACGUUGCGUCGUCUUCUGUGCGGUACCGUUUCGCGACUUCACCAACGAGCUCAUCAACAAAUUAUAUUGUGUAAUAUAAUCGUGUACCUAUCAUCAUCUGACAUGUUUUUCCCAGCAUUAAAAAAGUCUGAAAAGGAAAUCGAAAAGUUGAGUGACUAUGAACGCCAGAGACUUAAGAACAUAGCAGAGAUAGAACUUCAGUUAGCCGAUCCAUUAGACAUCAUACAGCAGUCAGCUAAUGAGUUAAAAUCUUCUAACAUAACUGCCAAACGACGAGCUAAAGCCAAAAAGAGCAAACUCAAUUCUGAAACAGGCGAAACAGGUGAAACAUCAAAUCGUGUCAAAUUUGUGAGACGUUCAUCGCGUAUUAUUCAAGAAAAAAGACAAUCAACAAAUUAUAACGAACAAAGUGAUGAUGAAAAUGACAAGAGUGACGGAAAAAAACUCAAACACGGAUCAUUAAAAAUCAAAUUUCGUUGGUUUAAAUCAAGCGAAUAUCAAAAAUCAGACGAAUUGUACUAUAGCUCACUUGUUGAUAGUGAUUUUAUUCAUGAUGGCGAUGAAGAAUAUGAAUCUGACUAUGAGUCAUCUGCACCUGGAUCUAAAAGAAAGCGUAAAACAUAUACACCUCGUUUGGCUGUUUCUCAAGUAACACAAGAAAUGAUAGAAAAUAUUUCAUAUUCUUCAUCUGGAAAACUAUAUAGUCAAUCUGGUACAACUUGUCACCAAUGCAGACAAAAAACUGCUGAUCAAAAAUCGUAUUGUCGGUACAAAGGAUGUAGUGGCAUGAGAGGAAAUUUUUGUGGAUUUUGUUUAGGCAGAAGAUAUGGAGAGAAUGUUGCAAACGUUUUAGUUAACCCGAAAUGGGCCUGUCCACCUUGUCGUGGAUAUUGUAACUGUAGCAUUUGCAGACGCAGAAAAGGAAUGGCUCCAACUGGGCAAUUAGCACAACAGGCUAUGGCGGGUGGAUAUGAGUCUGUUCGACAUAUGUUAAGCAGCAUAGAGGGUGAGAGUCCAGAUGUUGUGGACUUAGAAUUCGAUGAUGAAGAGAAUAACCAGAAUGAAGAAGAAAAAAAUAAGGUUGCUGAAGUUUGCAAUAACAAUGAACAAAAUAAUCUUGAAAUUCAAAAUGAAGAUGUGUCUGAUGAAGUUAAAUGCAUUAACGGUGGCGAGCAAUGUAACUUGGGCAAUCAUGAAGAUGAACGUGCUACUGAGAUAAAAGAUACACAUGAAAUGAUUAUUGACAAACUUUAUAAGCAACUAUUUUCAGAAGAUUAAACAGCUAAAACAUUAAAAACAGAGGGCAAUGAACCAAAAAUAUGAAAUAAUAAUUAUCUGAUUUCAUCAAACAAAUUUAUUUUCCACAGUAUUAUUAA